UUGUAUACAGGUUAGGUGACAUUUGAGGAACAAGAAUAUUCUUCUUGUCUCUCUUAAUUGCUAUAUAUGAAGUGGAAAAAAAACCAACCACAUAAAACUCAUUUUUGAAACAAACUCUUUUAAACCUUCUGACUUUCUGUUCUCUAAGAAGAAAAAAUGGCAGUCAUUGAAACAAACACAAAGAGCUCUCUACAUCUUCGCAGCAACAGUUUACCCUCCACACCUCACCCUCUUCUAUCACAAUUUGAGGACAACUUGCAAAGGUUGAAGAGUUCUGAAGGUGCCUCUUCAGUGUCAUCUUCUUCAAUAUGCGACAAACUUAAUGGCAUGCAGGAUUUGCAUGACUGCAUCGAUGACUUACUUCAAUUGCCAGUUAAACAACAAGCCUUAGCACAACAGUGCAACGAAAAAUCCGUUGAUGAACUACUAGAAGGAUCUCUUAGAAUAUUGGAUAUCUGUAGUACGGCUAAAGAUUUCCUUUCGCUAUCAAAGGAAAACAUGCAUGAACUACAGUCGGUCAUCAGAAGGAGAGGAAUCAAAACUGGAUUGACACUCGAGGGUGUAAAAUAUUUGACUCUUAGGAAGAACAUGAAGAAGCAAAUUCGAAAGGCGUUGGUGAAUUUGAAAUCAUUGAAGAAUGAGUUGAUUGCUUCUUCCUCACCUAUGCUUGGAUUCUUGAAUGAAGCAGAAGCAGUCACCCUAUGCUCAUUAGAACAUUUGUUUCUGUUUCUAUUUAUCUCCGAUCCAAAAGGACACUCAAAGAACGGCAGAUGGUCAGCAAUAUCUAAGCUGAUGCACUCUAAAAGAGCAGUUUGUGAUUCUCAUGAAUCAGAGACAAAUGAAUUUGAGAAGGUGGAUGCAGCUUUGAAGUCUUCAUCUACUGAAAAUUUUCAAAAUGAUAUGGAAAAUUUGGAGAUGUGCAUUGAAGACCUGGAAAUAGGAGUUGAACAAAUCUCAAGAAAAUUAAUUAGAAAUAGAGUUUCACUUCUUAACAUCUUCAACCACUAAUCAUAGUGUAUAUAUCAAUUUUGCACACUCAAUUUUCCCCCAUGAGUGUUACAUAACUGUACAUGAAUGUGAUUGUAUCUUCUUUUAAUACUAAUUAU